UUCAUAAAUUCCUUAGUAGAUUUGGAGUCAAUCGAUUUUCAGGGAGGCUGUAGGAAAGCAGGCUGUAUGAAAAAGAUGAAGAUCUUAAUAAUAUUAUUUUUGGUGAUAAAAGGAACGUCGGCGCAAAGUUGCAAGGAAGGCUCUGUAGAACACGACCAUCUUGGUCAGCGUCGCACGUGUCGUGGCGGGAAAUGGAGCGCGCCUUGCCGCGUGCGGCGAGAAUGGAACGGAAUGCUUCCUGGAGAGAGGUACCGUUUCAUAAGCACACUAAAAAAGGCAUCAACAAGAUCUGAUUAUCGAAACCUUGUCAUCAGACACACAAAACAGUUCAGUAAAAUUCAUAACAACAGGCAGUUCCUCCCUUGGCAUCGCUGGUAUUUGUUGCAGAUGGAGAACAUUCUUCGUAAAGUGGACCCAAUCGUGACGGUGCCCUAUUGGGACUGGAGUCUAUGGUCCGGGGCACCCUGGUUGGAUAAGGUCAUGAGCACGUGGAGCAAUGCACCAUGGGGCUUAGGAAGCAAUGGUGGAAGAGAUGGUUGUGUGUACAGUGGACCCUUUGGGAAACGGCAUUUUACGCUGACAAGCGGAGGAUGCCUCAAGAGAAAUUUCAAUGGUAAUCCCCCAGACUGCAUAGCAGUUCAUAAAUGCCUGCGCAUCCUCUCCAACAAGUUCACCGACUUCGAAAUGACACUCCGGGACACCUUGCACAACAACAUGCAUUGUAGGAUUGGUGGGAGAGGCGGGACCAUGUGCAGCAGGCAGUCAGCCAAUGCCCCAGAAUUCCUCUUGCACCACGCAUUCACCGACAAACUCUGGUCUGAUUGGCAGAAGAAGGGAACCCGAUAUAAAAAUGCUUACUUUCCAGGGACCAUUUAUCUCUACGGAGUGUCCCCCCGGCUCAGGCCUCUGAACUUGAUGGAUCUGUCCAGACAGCCCGGCGGGGUUUGUGUGACCUAUGACGACCCUCCUCAUGAGAACUACAAAUUAUGUCACGAACAACUUGCCAGUUUAAGCUUAGCAGAGAUUGACGCUAUUCCCAGACAGAAGUUCACACGGCUUAGUAGUCUGGAGUUCGACUUGUUCAUGACAAGGAAGAGGGAGAAGGCGCAAGUAAACAGAGAAAUGAACGACCUUGAACCCAAGCACGUCUUGUCGAAAAGCACCAAGUUAAAUUCUCAGGACAAUCAACUGGGCUUCAAGGCAGAGGAUGUCAAAGAAGCUAUAAAAAGAAAGAAGAAGAAGAGAGAAGAAAUAAUCAUGAAAUCAAAUUUCCAUUAGCAGACAGAAAAUCUGAACAUCAUUGACUACAGAACGUCCUAUGAAGGGACUGUCAUUCAAGUGGGAUUAGCUCUUUGUAUAACAGACUCCAUAUAAAGCCCCAUUUUUAUAUCCUCUAACAGUGCAAUACUGAAGAAAAAAGAAACAUGAUGGUUUCUGUAUGUGUACAUUAAGACAUGAAUC